UAAAGGCGGGAAAACCGUAUUAAAGACGCGGUCCUACGCGGUCAGGAGGACAGUGGAAAAAAGAUAGCCGAGUGUGAUACUAGUAGUAGUGCUUCGUAUCGUGGACGACCGGUUGCUAACAGGAAUGUUAGACCUACGGCAGGUGAGGUGGGUCCUCCCAGCCGUCCUGCCCCUGAUACGAUUCCUGCUGUCGGCUUUCCUGAACGACGCGAACCGAGAGGACGCCUUCAACCCCCCCAAGUAUCUUCUCCCUCAUUAUGACUUCAUUAUCGUUGGUGGCGGCACAGCCGGGUGCGCAUUAGCUGCUCGACUGUCGGAGGUCGAAGACUGGAACAUCUUGGUGCUGGAAGCUGGGGGACCCCCGCCCCCUGAGAGCGUCAUCCCCGCCCUCAGUCGGCUCUUCUACUUCCCUAAUUCGGCGACAUGGAAUUAUAAAUUGGCCCCGCAGAGAUACGGCCUCAGAUACUUCAUCAAUAGGAGCAGCCCGGUGCCCCAUGGGAAAGUGCUGGGUGGGUCGUCUACCGUCAACGGGAUGCUGUAUUUGAGAGGCAACAGGAAAGAUUUUGACCACUGGGCUUCCCUGGGGAAUCCUGUCUGGGAUUACGAGUCUGUCCUGCCUUACUUCAAAAAGUCCGAAGGUUAUGUUGGCCCUCGCCUCCUCUACACAGAGAACUACCACGGGCGUACUGGCCCUCUGAUAGUAACUCCGGAUGAGGGCGGCGUGUUUACCGAAGCCUUCCUGAGGGCUGGCCAAUAUUUGGGUUACAAUAUAAUCGAUCCAAAUGGCCCUGAGCAAAUAGGUUUUGCACCAGUGGACUACACCAUCAACCGUGGGGAGAGAUGGUCGCCUGCGAUGGCCUACCUGGCACCUGCAGCCAGGCGUCCAAACCUUCACAUAUUGCACAGCGCUACUGUCAUGAAGAUUAUAUUCAACGGGAACAAGAGGGCAGUUGGCGUCGUUUACAAAUAUCAUGGUGAGGUAUCAACAGCAAUUGCAAGCAAAGAGAUCAUCCUGUCAGCGGGAGCCUUGGCUUCGCCUAAACUCCUCAUGUUGUCCGGUCUGGGACCGAAGGAUCAUUUGCAUCAGCACGGGGUGGACGUCUUGGUUGACUUGCCCGGGGUAGGUCAGAAUCUCCAAGACCAUACUUGUCUGUACGGACUGACGUGGACCCUGAAGCCGGGAGUUCCAAACGAGAUCCGGAACGUAGCAAAUUUCAAUGUCGUGAGUCAGUACAUCCACCACAGGAGAGGAAUUUACACAACGCCCCUGGGAGAGUACGGACACGCCUGGGAGAGCUUAUCAAGUGGCGGAGAUCCUUCCUGGCCAGACGUUCAGCUGUACAUGGUAUCCGCUGGCUUGGCUCAAGAAGGGAUUCUCGCAUCUGCUGCCUUAGGGAUUGAUCCUAAAAAAUAUUUGGGUUAUUACGGUCCUAUCACUGGUCGACAAAGCAUGACUAUAAUGCCCUACCUCCUGAGACCUAAAAGUCGCGGAACCAUUCACUUGAGGUCAAAGGACCCGUUUGACCUUCCUGUCAUUGAUCCAAAAUACUUCUCCAGCCCAGAGGACAUCGACACUCUUAUUAGAGGUAUCGAAAUGGCUAUUAAAAUUGGCAAGAGUCCUCCAUUCAGCAAGCAUUUAGGGGCAAAACUAUAUACAGAGCCACUUGAAGGCUGCAAGGAGCAUCGAUUUGGAUCGAAGCCAUAUUGGGCCUGCUUCAUUCUGAACAUGGCGUCAACCUUCUACCAUUUUGCUGGUUCGUGCAAGAUGGGCCCAGCAUCUGAUCCAUAUGGAGUCGUAGAUCAGUUUCUUAGGGUACGAGGAGUAUCUGGUCUUCGGGUUGUCGACGCGUCGGUCAUGCCAGUUGUAGUUUCAGCCAAUCCCAUGGCUGCCAUCAUCAUGAUAGCCGAGAGGGCGUCUGAUUUCAUUCGAAGGACCUGGAAUCGGGUUAAAUCUACUGACAGAAUAAUUUCGGGAAUACUUGAAAAUUAUCGUGCCACUCUUGAAACAGAAUGUACACUCGACAAGCCACUUCUUGGAAAUGAGUCUGGAGGACGGUCGAGACAAAUUGACUUCUUGCAGUUCAGGAGACAACGGCAAAAGAGGUCAUUCUUUCUUCUUCCUCAGUCUUGAGGGAAGUACGGCGAGCCAUUAGAGCAUAAUUAGAGGCGAGCAGGUAAAGAGAGAGAGUUCUAAGAUGGCUUUUCGUUCGGGUCGUCGUGAGAAUUUUUGUGAUUGACCUUAUUCGAAAUAUUAUCAAACCGAGUUGAAUCGUGUCAACAACGGCAGCCAAAAGACUUUUCUUGUUAUUAUAAAGUUUCUCGAUUCAUAUUUCCUAUUUAAAAUGGUUUUCGAAAAAGGUUUUUGAAAUUCAGUUACGUUUGAUGAUGAACAGUGGUUUCUGCAUGGGAAUCUAAUGCAGAUCCAUUGUAAUAAUUUAUGAAAUUAAAAUUAAUGUUUGACUUGAAUACCUUGUGAAGGAUUCACAAAUGACAUACUGAUGGCUCCGAGAUGUGCUUCUAUAUAGUUGUUAAUUGUUUGUGCUGUAUAUAUGUCAAAAACUCGUUUAUAAUAAUAUAUUUCAACCUCAGGUUAAAA